AUGAAGCGACCAGGCGAGCCCAGCGGCGCUCAUCCUGGCAACAACUUGACCGCUGAUAGUGACAUCAAGUCAAACGAGGCGGGGGAUGCCGCUGCCGCUGCUGCUUCCCCGAAGCGUCCACGAGUCCAAAGGGUUUCACCACCCACCGCCGGAGAUGCCGACCAUCUUUCCAAUGAGAUCUCAAGUCUGCUGGACGGUCAGCUCUUCUUCCAACUCUCGGCGGCUCCCCUCUUGCGCCACUACGAGCAACGGUUCCAGCGAUCGCUCAACUUCCCCAGCUUUCGGAAAGGAGCAAAGUCCAUCAAGGAUUGGCUCUCGUCCGAGCAUUCGUCGCUUCUUUGCAUCCACCCGCCGCUCGAGCCCGACGGCGACACAUGGGUCUCGUUGAAGCAACACAGCCCAAACCUCAUUCAACGGCACACGUUCCUCUCCGAGUUUAGUCGACUGACCCUGGGCCAGUUCGAGGGAUGCAUCGAUACCGCCUUCGGGGCCCACUGUCUGCUCUCGCUUGCCGAUCUCGAGAGGCUGCUUGCCCUGGCCUUUGGUCUCCGCCGAGAGCAAUACCAGCACCAUAUCGACCGCUUCGCCCAGGCGUCGGAUUCGUCGACCGGCCUCAGAGUCCGCAACGACAUCAUGCUCGUUGGCUCACCGCAGAUGGUUCUCUAUCAUUUCAUCCACCAGUUCCGGGGCAUGUUUGGGAGCGGCUGCUUUAUCCCCUUUGAUCAAGUCGUCGGCCUCUUCCAGGACCUCUAUUCGUGCACCAUUCACUACCGCUUCUUUAGCCUGUCCAUGGACGACUUCCUGACCGAGAUCAUCACAGAGUCCUACCGCAGCGUCUUCAUCUACCGAAUCAUCCACGAUACCAAGCUCAUCGCCCUGAGCACGACAAAUGCCCGGACCAUACGCGACGAAUUGCCCGGCAUGAGCACCAACGAUGUCUACCUUCACGUCUGCGACCUCAUCCUCGGCGACGGCUACUUUCUCGUCAGCGUGGUCAAGCGGCUGUUCGAGACCUCGCUCCUGGGCGGCCACGCCUUGAGACUCUCGCUCCUCGAAGUAGUCGAGAAGCAGACCCUGGAGCCAGAAAGCAAUGCCGCCAUCGUCAAGUACUCGUCCGAGAUCCUGCACUAUCGGCCCCGCGCUCUGAGGCAUGCUCUGCCAGAAUCCAACGACGCUUCCUCGCCAACCAUCGCGGCACCAUCGUUGCCUGCACAUAAGACGCACACGCUGCCCAGCAUCGACUUUGAACCGUUACCCGAGGAGGACGAGGCGUCGCCUGAGAACCAAUCCGUGGACAUGAUCGAUGCAUUCUCGGAGCCGGACGAGGCCAGGGAGGCGUUCGAGGUCGAUCACGAUGAGCUUGCGGGUCACAGCCCUGUCGACUCACCAACCCUUCACCCGCCCGUCUUCGACCUCGAUAGCAAUAAGGACGAGAUCACAUCGAUGGGCCCUAUCUAUAUCUCGUCUGGGGAGGCAUCGUUCUCCCGCAUGCUGAUAUCAGAUGAUGAUGAUGGCGCCUCUCGACUCCGAGGGAGCGAAGCCGGCGACUAUAUGGAUGCCCACGCCUCACACAUGGCCCUCAAGCAAGAGCAAGAGCACGCUGCGACCGAGGACACUGACGGGGCCGUGCCCACCAUGGCUGGUACUACCGAGGCCCAUCAUGUCGAUCCUUCGCCGGACAUCAUCGGCAGCCAUCUCGCCCAACUCGACGAUGUCUUCAUGACCAUCUUCCAGGUCAACACACGAACUGGCUACUUUGGCGAUCCAACCGUUCCCACCGAGUAUCGAACAUAG